UUUCAUGUCUGUGGGUUUUAUCACUAUAAAUCUUUCUGUUUUCUUAAUAAAAUUGAAGCAACAAUUCUAUAGUUUUCAUCUACAUUUCGCCUCUGAAAUUAUAGUAAAGCAGAGACAAUGAAAGGAACAUUGAUGUUGAGUUGGAUUCUGAUCAUCUGCCUCUCCCAAGUAGCAGUGCGGAGCCAAUACUACUCAGAUACCCUACCAUAUCAUCCCAAGCCACCUAAGGUCACCAAUCUUCACUUCUUUAUGCACGAACAUACGGGUGUUACAGCUGUCGUGCUAACCCAAGCUAACGUCACAAGCAAUAAUUCAUCAGUGACAUUUGCCACCCUAGUUGCCGUUAAUGAUCCCCUCAGGACUGGUCCUGAGCCUGACUCAGAGGUGAUUGGAAAUGUUCAGGGUAUUUCCCUCUUAGCCGGAUCAAAUGCAUCGAGCACGCAGUACAUAGAAUUUGGAUUUAAUACCGGUAAGUUUAACGGCAGCUCUCUAAGCGUAUUUUCAAGGGGAGAACAAGGGCUUGCGGUGGUCGGAGGAAGAGGACGAUUCAUGAUGGCAACAGGGACUGCACUAUUUAACCCUAUCCUUAUAAAUGCCACCAAUGUUAUUAUGGAAUUUAACUUUACUGUAGUUCAUUACUAGGAUGUUAUUUACAGACUCAAUUCUCUUGGAUUGUGAAAAAGUCAUGUGAUUCUGCUCCACUUGGUUAGAAUAAAUGUAUGAGAUUAAAAUUCUCAUACUUCAUCAUUGUACUUUAUUAUUUUAUUACAAAUAAAGAUUAAAUUCUUAGCUACAAAAA